AUGGCGAGCACGAAGUCCGAAGCAACUCCGCGCGACCUUGACAAAGAGAAAGACAAGGGGGGCAUCGUUGGUUUAAAUGACAAAUUUGUGGAGCUGAUUGACAAGGUGCGUGGUCUACACGAUCAGAACAAAGUCCUAGGAACCCGACUGAACAUCCUGCUUGAACAGGAGCCCUACAAGGCCAAGAUUGAUGAAACUGUGGAGGAGCUGAAAAACAACCUGACGAGGCAAAUGGACCGGUUAGCCCUGGACCACGAGAAGCUACAGCAGGAGCUGGUGCGGGCUGAGGACGAGGUUGAGCGCUCCAGGGAGAAGUAUGAGAAGGAGGUUGAAAAGAAGACUGAGGUGGAGAAUGACUUUGUGAUCAACAAGAAGGUAUGUGAACUGUACCACACAUGUAAUUUGGUUACACACAUGAGAUUUUUCUCAAUUCCUCUCAUGCAAAUGUUCUGGGAAUCAAUUUUCAUUGUAACACUUCUUGGCCUACAGAUUGUGGAUGACGGCUACCUGCAGAAGGUUAAACUUGAACUGGAGCUGGAGGAGUUGCUUAGUGAGCUGGAGUUCCUAAAGAAGGGCUACGAGGAGGAAAUGAAAGAGCUGGAGUCCCUGGUGCAGAAUGCCACUGUUGUCUUGGAGAUGGAGAAGCCCCCAGAGCUGGACAUGAAAGACAUCCUGGACCAGGUGAAGGCCCAGUAUGAGGACAUGGCUGCCCAGGCCCGUGAGGAUACAGAGUACCGGAACAAACAGAAGGUGGAGGAUAUGAUGCAAGAGGCAGGUAAACGUGAACAGGGUGUCAAAGAUCAGAAGAACGAGAUAGCCGAGCUUAUCCGACAGAUUCAGAGGCUGAAAACAGAGCUGGAGAUCCUCACUAAACAGAAACUGAAUAUGGUGAAUGAUAUUUCUGACUGUGAGGAGAGGGGGGAAAUGGCCAGCCAGGAGGCCCAGGAGAAGAUUGCUCAGCUGGAGGCGGCACUGAAGAAAGCCAAGGAGCAAAUGGCCUGUCAGUUCCGUGAGUACCAUCAGGUGCUCAAUGUCAAACUGGCCUUGGACAUCGAGAUUGCGACGUACAAGAAGCUUCUGGAAGGGGAGGAGAUGAGGUAA